AUGAGCUACGGCCCGAAAUUGAGCGCCAUUAGCGCCCUGGCCGUAUCCAUACUAUUCGGGUUCACUUCUUGCGCAAAGUCUCUCGAGAACACCGGGAUAGCCUCCAAUCAUCAUCAUGGAUUUCGCGGUCAAAGUCUUGUAUGCUACUGCAAGAUACAUGUAGCGCCUAUUCUGGCCCUAUUCAGCCUUCGGCUAACUCUUGAGUUACGGUCAACCACCUGCGAAUACGUUUUUAGAAUUAACAAGGCCGUUGCGGAACUUGCACGUCCGAUUCCUUCCUCCUCAAUGUUUCAAUUAAUCUCGAGUUUCGGCGGGUAUUGUACCUUACUUGACCUUGGUUUUUAUACCCUUUAG